AUGGUCCGUUGUGCAAACGACGGGAGCUUUGGCCCCGUCUUGACACCUGAGCCGGACUGCUAUAGCUUCGACUUCACACUGACGUUUGAGGACUGCAUUCUGUCGAUUGCACCCUGCUCCAUUGCCUUACUAUUAGCCAUUGUGCGAAUCUAUUAUCUUCUCAAGCGCAAUGCCCUUGUCCGCUGGCCGCUCUUGCUGGCCCUCAAGCUGCUUCUCUUCGUUGCCUUGCUAGGUGUUCAGCUAGGCAUUGCGGUUCUCCUCGGCACCAACAGGGGCUUCCAUACACACACCACUCUUGCAUCGAGCGUCGUGAGCUUGUGCACAACUGUUGCGCUGACAGUACUCUCCGAUCUGGAGCAUGUGCGCUCCGUCCGUCCGUCCUACCUUAUCCAGAGUUUCCUCUUCAUUUCCAUCUUUUGCGACUUGCCACGCAUCCGCACACAAUGGAUGCUGCCAGACAACGCCACUGUGGCACCCAUCUUUUCGGCCGCAUUUGGCCUCAAGGUGCUUCUGAUGUUUGUUGAGUCCAUACACAAGUACAGCCACUCCACCCUGGCCGACGACAAGAUCUCGCCCGAGGAGAUACAGGGCGUCUUUGGUGAUACAUUAUUCACGUGGCUGAACCCUCUCUUUUUUGAGGGAUACAAGCGCAAUCUGACCAUGGACGACCUCUAUCCGGUUGACAACGGGCUUCGUGGCCAGACUCUAUAUGACCGUCUGCAAAGCCAUUGGCUGAAAGCCGACAUCCACUUACACAACGUAGCAAACUACAAGCGCAAACACUGUUUGACAUAUGCGACAUUCAGAACAUUCACACCAGAGCUAGCCAUGGCAUUUGUUCCCCGCGUCGGCUUGAUGGGCCUCAGUCUGUCCCAGCCGUACCUUGUCAGCGCAGCCAUCAACUACAUCGACAACGCUGAUCGGCCAAAGAGCUAUGGGUACGGCCUCAUCGGUGCCUACGCUGUAACUUACAUUGGCAUUGCGUUAACCACUCGUUGGUACAUGCACAUUGCUUUCCGUACCAUGGCCAAGAUCCGUGGCGCCCUGGUAACAAUCAUCUACAAAAACAUGUUGGCCAUCCGUGCCGAGACUGGCAACUCGUCAGCGGCGCUAUCCCUUAUGAGUACUGAUGUCGAUCGCAUCACGUUCACGACUUUCAAUAUCGUCGACUUGGCCCCGAGUGUGGUACAACUCGGCAUCGCCCUAGGCAUUCUCGGAACCGAACUAGGCGGUAGCAGCGUUGCCCCCAUUAUUCUCUGUCUCAUUUGCGGAAUCAUCGCCGCACGACUGGGCAAAAUGAUCCCUCCGCGUCAGCGACGCUGGAUGGCGGCCAUUCAGAAGCGGGUCGGCAUCACGUCUGAUAUUGUCGGUUCCAUGAAGGGCGUCAAGGUCGCCGGUCUCAACGAAAAGGCCGAGCAGCAAAUCCAAGGCCUCCGCGAUUACGAGAUAGACCAGUCCACUGCUAUGCGUAAGAUCCAAGUGUGGAAUCUCCUUCUCGGUAUCGCCCCGUCGCUGCUUAUGUCGGCCGUGACGUUUGCCGUCUAUGCCAUCGUGCAGAAGGUGUCUGGCGACAGUCAGUUUGGCGUCGCCCGGGCCUUUACCGCGCUAAGCGUCUUAAAUGUGCUCAUUGCGCCGGUCAUGACCAUCACAUCGUCGUGGACGAACUUGGCCACGGCUCUCGCCUGUCUUGAUCGCAUCCAGGCCUUUUUGAUGCAAGAGAAGCGCGAGGACUACCGCAUCCUGCUGCCACGGUCAGACUCCGGCUCCUUUACGACGCACGAUUCGGCCAUGCUAGGUGCAGACAAUGCGUCAGAGAAGUCGGCUAGCAAGGACAAGCAGCCAUUGAUCAAGGUUCGAGAGGGCACUUUUGGCUGGAAAGCCGAUGCGCCGCCGGUACUCAAAGACGUCGACAUCGACAUUAUGCCGGGCGAAUUGACACUCGUUAUCGGCCCCGUGGCUUCCGGCAAGUCGACACUCCUCAAGGCGCUCAUUGGUGAAUGCCGAAAAUUCAAAGGCGCCGUCGAGUUCACCAUUCCGGAAGAGGUAGCGUAUUGCGACCAGGACGCCUGGCUGCUCAACCGGUCCAUAAAAGAAAAUGUGCUCGCAUACGAGCCGUACAACGAAGAGUUCUAUGAGCAGGUCAUCCAUGCUUGCCAGUUGGUCGAGGAUAUUGAGCAGUUCCCAAAGCGCGAUGACACCACCAUUGGCAGUAAAGGUGUCUCUCUGAGUGGUGGUCAAAAACAGCGGGUGGCUCUUGCUCGUGCUGUUUACAACCGGAAGCCCAUUGUCAUUCUCGACGACAUCUUGAAAGGACUUGAUGCUGACACAUAUUCGAAAUGCUUCACGGCCACGCUUGGGCCGGAAGGACUCCUGAGGAAGAACCGAACAUCCGUUGUCCUUGCCACGCACAAUACCCAACUCCUACCCCAUGCCGACCAGAUUAUUGUCCUGGACGAAGGCGGCCGCGUCACGGAGCGGGGCAGUUUCGAUCACCUCAACUCAAGUGACGGCUUUGUUGCUGCCCUGGGUCUCAAGAAAUCUGCUAUGGACGCCGCCGCGAUCCGCGAUGCCCUGGACGUUGAGAUAGAACUCAAAGAAAAGGAAGCCAUUAUUGAACGCAUCGCCUCGGCCAAGGCUAUGGGCCGCAAGCCGCCCGGUGCGGGCGGUCCUCCGGAUGCUGUCCCGUCCGACAACGCGUCACGUGGCAAGCGGAAUGCCGAUGCCAUGUUCUCGUAUCUCAGGUCUCUGGGUGGCACGGCGUUUGCCCUGUACGCCAUCUUUACUCUCUGCGACAUUGGCUUCCGGACAGCGCAGCCGGUCUGGCUCAAUGUUUGGACGGCCGCAAAUGAAGAGCACCCUGACAGUCGUGUAGGCUACUACGUCGGCAUCUACGUCCUCUUUGGCGUAUUGAACGUUUUAUUUAUGGUCGCUGAAUUUUGGACGUUUCUGAUUAUCAUUGUGCCGCAUUCAGCCAAAGUCCUCCACAGGAAGAUUCUCGUCGCCGCUAUGCACGCGCCGUUAGCAUACUUUGUUGCUACCGACGCUGGUGAAAUCGUAAACCGAUUCAGCCAGGAUAUGACGCUCGUGGAUAUGCAGCUUCCUUUUUCAUUUAUGAUGUGCUACGGCCAACUCAUCAGUGCCGUCUCUCAAAUCAUCCUGACAUGCGUAGCAUCGGGCUACCUCGGUAUUAUUGUUCCCGUCCUUCUCGUUGUCCUGUACUGUGUACAGAAGUUCUACCUUCGAACAUCUCGCCAAAUGCGUCUCCUGGAUCUCGAAGCCAAAUCGCCGCUCUACUCGGACUUCAUCGCGUCUUUCUCGGGCUUAACAGCACUGCGUGCUUAUGGCUGGACAAAGGAUGCCGAGAACGAGAGCCUGCGCCGGUUAAACGAAUCACAAAAGCCGUACUACCUCCUGUAUUGCAUUCAGCGAUGGCUCUCACUCGUUCUCAAUCUUAUUGUUGCCGCCAUGGCGGUCAUCGUCAUUGGCCUGGCCGUCGGUCUCCGCAGCCAAAUUAGCCCUGGUCUGCUAGGUGUGGCCCUGACCAGCGUAAUGGGCAUCGGCAUGACACUCAGCAUGCUCAUCCAGAUGUGGACGCAGCUAGAGACGAGUCUGGGCGCCAUUACCCGCGUCAACGAGUUUGCCAACGAUACACCGCGCGAAGACGACGGGCCGGACAUGCCGCCGCCGCAGUGGCCCUCACGAGGUGCGAUCAGUGUGCAGCAUCUGGAGGCCAAGUACGGCGACCGGGUGGUCCUUGAGGACAUCAAUCUGGAAAUCCAACCGGGCGAGAAGGUCGCCAUUUGCGGGCGGUCGGGCAGCGGAAAAUCAACACUCAUCUCCCUGCUGCUGCGGCUGUACUCGCCCUCGCAGGGCCAGAUCGAGAUCGACGGCAUCGAAACGGGGCGGCUCAACCUCAACGCGCUGCGCGAGUCACUGGUGGCGCUGCCGCAGGACCCAAUGUUCCUGGCAGGCACGGUGCGCUACAACCUAGACCCGCUGGGCAAGGCGACCGACGAUGAACUCCUGGCGGUGCUGGACAAGACCAACCUCAAGAAGAUCAUUGACGACAAGGGCGGGCUGGACGCGGACCUCGACACGGAUUGGCUGAGUGCGGGCCAGCGGCAGUUGUUUUGUUUGGCCCGGGCACUGACGCGCAAAAGCCGGGUGCUGCUGCUGGACGAGGCCACGAGCAGUCUGGACCGGGAGACGGAGGCAUUUGUGGACAAGCUGGUCCAAGAAGACUUUGCGGGGUGGACGGCGAUUGUGGUGGCGCACCGCCUGCGCACGGUGGCAGAUUUCGACAAGGUACUGGUGCUGCAAGAGGGACGGGCGAUGGAGUACGACUCGCCCAAGGCUCUACUGGCACGCGACAGCCUGUUCAAGACCCUGUGGGAUCUGCAGGAGGCAUGA